AUGGCCGCCUCCGCCGAAACACAGCCAGUUUCCGAAGCGCAGAAUGCGCCUGUGGAUGUGACCUCCCAGCUAAGGAAGAAAUUGCUUGGGAGGGAGUUCUACGAGAGCAUAGGUAGCCCCAAGUAUAUUGUGGCGCCUAUGGUUGAUCGUUCUGAAUUUGCAUGGCGUAUGCUUACUCGUUCAUUCAUGGCGCCGGAGGAUGCGAAACGACUUCUUUCCUACUCGCCAAUGUACCAUGCGCGCCUUUUUCGUGAACAGGCUGCUGUGCGCUCUCAACACUUCCAACCCACUCGCGCUGCGGCCGGUCAGAACGAUGAGUCCUUGUUCCUCGACGGCAACCCAUCCAUCGACAGACCUCUCUUCGUGCAAUUUUGCGCAAAUGACCCGGACGAUUUCUUAGAAGCUGCGCGUCAUGUAGCUCCAUACUGUGAUGCUGUCGAUCUGAACCUCGGUUGCCCUCAGGGCAUUGCAAAAAAAGGAAAUUACGGCGCAUUCUUGCAGGAAGACUGGGGUUUGAUUUAUAAACUCAUCAACCGCCUACACACAGAACUACCUAUACCCAUAACAGCCAAAUUCCGAAUCCAAGAAACGAAAGAGAAAACACUCGAAUACGCAAAAAUGAUCCUCUCUGCUGGCGCGAACAUCAUCACACUCCAUGGACGCAGAAGGGAACAGAAGGGACACGCCACUGGCCUGGCAGAUUGGAGUUACAUCCGGUAUCUUCGUGACAAUCUGCCGCCGGAGACCGUCAUAUUCGCAAACGGCAACAACCUGAACCACGAUGACCUGGAACGCUGCCUUGAAGAAACAGGUGCUGACGGCGUGAUGAGCGCUGAAGGGAACUUGUCCGAUCCGUCCAUCUUCGGCAAACUUCCUCCAGUCGGAAGUGAAGGAAGAGAAUAUUGGAGAGGCAAGAACGGCAAGGGGGGCUAUCGGUUAGACGCAGUGCUCCGGCGAUAUCUGGACAUCAUCUACAAAUAUGUCCUCGAAACACCGGGUCCUGAAAGAAAGCCUCUCUAUCUCCCAUCGGAUCCUAAAGAAGAGUCGUCAGAGCCAGAAACCACAGCAGAAGAAGAACCCGAAGAUGGGCCUCCGAAGAAGAAGCAAAAGCAGUCCAAGUCCAAGAACAAGAGGCCCAACUCGCCCAGUCUGGGAGUGAUGCAGGGACACCUUUUCCAACUCCUGCGUCCGAUGAUCGGCCUGCACACGAAUGUGCGUGAUGCCCUCGCAAGAUCAAGACCGGGGGACAUGACUGCCUUCGAACAUGUUCUAUCUCUUGUUGAAAAGGCCGUCAAGAGCGGUCUCGACGAAUACGAGCAAUUCCCUGAGCGCUUUGCGGAAUCGCCUGAUGCUCAGUUAACGGGAUCUAAAGCAACCAUUGCACAGUAUGGCAGGCCAUUCUGGGUUUGCCAGCCUCAUAUUCGCCCUCUGCCUGAAGAGGCUUUGGAGAACGGGGCUCUCAAGUUGAAGAAAAAUGCCGUGAAAAACGAAUCUAACGAAAACGGUUCUGAGAAGGCAACAAACGCCGAUGCUGAGCAGUCUGCUGCUCCCUCUGCUGAUCCGGCUAACGUCUUGACCACUCCUCUGAUGAGUGGCUGA